AUGACAGCAGCAGAAGCACAAAGUAGAGGAGGACAAAGAUGGUCUCUCACCGGAAUGACAGCUCUUGUAACCGGCGGCACUCGCGGGAUUGGGCAUGCCAUAGUGAAUGAUCUAGCCUCAUUUGGUGCUACUGUCUACACUUGUUCAAGAACUGAAUCAGAGCUCAAUAACAGCUUACAACAAUGGCAAUCUCAGGGCUUUUCAGUCACAGGUUCUGUCUGUGAUGUAAGCUCUCGACCACAGAGAGAGAACCUUGUUCAACAAGUUUCCACCACCUUCAACGGCAAGCUCAACAUCUUUGUGAAUAAUGUCGGAACAAACUUUCGAAAGCCAACAGUCGAAUACACUGCUGAAGAAUAUUCAGAGCUGAUGACGGUUAAUUUAGACUCCGCAUUCCAUCUAAGCCAACUUGCAUAUCCUCUUCUUAAAGAAUCUGGAAACGGAAGCAUUGUGUUCAUUUCAUCUGUUGCAGGUGUAGUGAGCUUAGGUACAGGAUCUAUUUAUGCAGCAAGUAAAGCUGCGAUUAAUCAGUUUACGAAAAAUCUGGCUUGUGAAUGGGCGAAAGACAACAUAAGGAGCAAUUCCGUUGUACCGUGGGCAACCAGAACUCCACUUGUUGAACAUCUGUUUAAAAACCAGAAGUUUGUGGAUGAUAUUAUGUCUAGAACUCCUCUUAAGCGGAUUGCAGAACCCGAAGAAGUGUCGUCUUUGGUGACUUUCCUUUGUUUGCCUGCUGCAUCUUACAUCACUGGACAAGUUAUAUGUGUUGAUGGAGGGUUAACUGUGUUUGGAUUUCAACCUAGCAUGAGAAUUACAUGA